ACAGGUCACGUUCAAGGUCUAAGGAACGUUCCAGGGAUUAUGACCGGUACUUUUUUCUCUUUGUUUAUGGUUUUUUAAAGUUCAUUUUCAUGAGGACUUGUGUAUGAGUCUCCCGCCAUUAUUGGUUCAUUUUUGUAAUUCUAUAUGUGCUUGUUUACAUGUCAAAUUGAUGCAUGUUUGGAUAAUAUGUAUGCUUCUUAUCAUAUUCUUCACUCAAUUCCCUGUAGGUAAUUUCAUUAUUUUCCAAAAGAUCUAACUACCUUAGGUAAGUUUUCUCAAAGUGGAAAUGUGGAAUAGAGGGUAUAGGUUAGAAACGUUUUGAAUUGCUUGGUGGAAUGAUUUUCAAACAGGAUUUUGUUAAAGACGUGAUUGGUACUAGGUGAUUGUUGCUAGGAAGCAAAUGAAUAUGAAACUGUUCUUGCUUGGGUAAGUAAACGCAUAUGGUAGUAGUAUAACUUGUGUUUGCCCAAAUUAUGUUUUUCUCAGUAAGUUCAACAGUUCCUCCUGUGGACACACCAACACGUUUAAUUGAGAGGUUCUUCAGCAAUUUUUUAAGAUGCCCAUCUACAACUCGGUCUCAUUCUGGUCCUGUGUCCCGGAAUAUAAACAAUUUGAAAGGCAUGAUAUGCUAUAAAGUAAUGUGUAUGUCAUCUGCAUCCCCUACAAUCUCAGCAUAAUUCCAUGCCUUCACUAUCGGAGUAAACUAUUGUUUGAAUCGGCUGUAAUGUUCCCUUUUCAGAGAAGCUCAAGGUCAAGGGAUACCACCUGACACUCCACCUAGACUAUGCCUAUGAUGUAAUAUAAAGAGUUUAUCAAGCUCGAACAACACCCAAAUGCAGACCUCCGAUAAGAUUCAUCAAAAAAGGUAAAAAAUAAAUAAAUAAAUAUGAACUUCCCUU